AUGUCGUCAGAGGCCGUGCAGGGCCGAAAGGUAUGGACGCCUCCCCAGGGAAAAACGCGUAUAGAUCACUUCCGUGAGCGUGUGAAUAAACAGCAUGGACUUGACCUUCAAGACUACGCAGCAUUGCACAAAUGGAGCAUCACACACACGGGCCCCUUCUGGCAAGCCGUGUGGGACGACAUGGAAAUUGUCGCGAGCCAGCCUGCCGUGGAAGUGAUCCCAGAGAAUGCGCCCAUGUUCCCACCUGCCGAAUGGUUUUCGGGUGCUCGCCUGAACGUGGCCGAAAACCUGCUCAAGCACGGUCGUGACGAUGACGUGGCUCUCAUCGCUUGCACAGAACGCGAGGACGAUACGCGCCGCAUGACCUACAGGGAGCUGCGUCGUCAUGUAGCCUCUGCCACGCGUGCGCUACGAAAGCUGGGAAUCAAGCCGGGUGAUACGGUGGCCAGCUACUCGAGUAACUCGCCAGAAAACCUCAUUGCGUUCCUCGCUUCGAGUGCCGUCGGCGCGGUGUGGACGAGUGUGGCCCCCGAUUUUGGCACGGCCGGCGUGUUGGAGCGUCUGCUGACAGUGCGGCCCCGCGUUCUUUUUAGCGUCAAUGCCGUGUUGUACAACGGCAAGCUCCACGACCAUACUGAAAAGCUCAACUCGACGAUCGUCGGUCUGCUGGCGGAUCGGUCCAAGCCCGACACAGAGGCAGAGCCGGCGGACGGUGAGCGUCAGACCAAGCGUCCUCGUCUGCAUGCGUCCGAGUCUGUCUUGGAGCAUGUGAUUGUGGUACCCUAUGGUGGCUCUCAUCCUGAGAAAGAGCAACGCAAAACGGGCGUCGAGUCCAUGGCCCAAGAUGGGGAUCUUCAGCGCCACCUAUGGUCGGACUUUCUCGCCAGCGGAGAAGGCAGCGAUACAAUCGAGUUCGAGCAGCUUGACUUCAACCACCCGCUGUGGAUCCUGUUCUCGUCGGGCACAACCGGAAAACCCAAGGCUAUCACUCACCGCGCGGGGGGCAUGCUGAUUCAGUUUGGCAAGGAGCAUCUGCUGCACGGUGGCUUGACGCGCGAAGAUGUCUUUUUCCAGCACACUACGAUAGGCUGGAUGAUGUGGAACUGGCUGGUGGGCGCUUUGCUGGGCGGCUGCUCCGUGGUAUUGUACGACGGUUCGCCAGCCUUCCCGACAGGUAUUCUUUGGGAGCGCGCCGCGGAACUGGGUAUAACCGUGUUUGGCACGUCGGCUGCCUACUUGUCACUCAUCGAGCGCCGCAACUAUGUACCUACCGAACUGCAUGACAAGCUCAAAGUGCGCAUGAUUCUGUCGACCGGCUCGCCACUACGUGCCGAGCUGUACCUGUAUGCGGAGAAGCUGGUCGGACGGCCGGUCAUGGUAGGCAGUAUUACGGGUGGCACAGAUCUCUGCUCGCUCUUUGCUGACCACAACGUGAGUCUACCAGUCUAUGCAGGUGAGCUUCAGUGCCUUGGUCUCGGUAUGGAUGUUGAUGUGUUCGACGCUCAGGGCCAAUCUCAGCCCGACAUGGUCGAGGGCGAUCUGGUAUGCAAGAAGCCUUUUCCCGCGCAGCCGCUCGGAUUUUGGCACCAGCCCAACGAGCGCUACCGUGACAGUUACUAUACCCAGUACCCAGGCGUGUGGUACCACGGUGACUUGGUCAUGCGCUCUCCGCGUGGUGGUCUGAUCAUGCUCGGUCGCUCCGACGGUAUUCUCAAUCCUAGUGGAAUCCGCUUUGGCAGUGCAGAAAUCUACGAAGUGCUUGAGAGCUCCGAGGCUACAUCUGAAACUUCACCUCUGUCUAAGAUUACCGAUUCACUUGUGGUUGCGUUGAAAACGCCUGCCAAGGACGAUGAAGUGGUGGUCCUGUUCCUGGUCGUGGCUGAGGAUGCAGACUGGGACUCUAUCGUGACCAGCGCAAAAGCCCUCAUCCGCAAACAGCGCAGUGCGCGCCACGUACCUGCCUAUAUACGCCGUGUGGGUGGCUGCCCCAAGACCCUUAAUGGAAAGCGCGUCGAGGUGCCAGUGAGAAAGUUGAUCAACGGUGCUCCUAUCAGCACUAUUAACCAGGCGACUCUUCUGAACCCAGAAGUCCUCCCUGAAUACAUUGAGGUUGGCGAACAACUCCGCUCAGACCUGGCCAGUGCGAAGAGCGCGCAGGGCCCAGCGGCCGCGCCGGUCCCGGCUCCAGCGCCCUCGGCGGGAGCCUCGUAG